CCCUUAUGGAAGUUAUUAGCAGACAUGACACCUGAAGAAUUAGUUUCAGUGAUAGAUUUUCGAUACAUAUCAGAUUUGCUGACCCGAGAGGAAGCCCUUGAGAUAUUGAAGAAAGGCCAAGAUGGCAAAAAAGAAAGAGAAGCAGAGCUGAUAUCUAAGGGAUACCCUGCUUACAUCACCUCUGCUGGAUGGUCUGGUUAUGAUGAACAAAAAACUAGACAGAAAUGCAAAGAGGCCCUUGCAAAAGGAUUUGUCAGAUUCAAGGCCAAAGUUGGCACUGGAAUUGAGGCUGACAGAAGGAGAUUGGCUGUGAUGAGAGAAGAGAUAGGAUAUGACAAGUUACUUAUGACGGAUGCCAAUCAGCGUUGGGAUGUGUCUGAGGCUAUUGAUUGGAUGAAGCAACUCACAGAAUUCAAGCCUUUGUGGAUAGAAGAGCCCACCAGUCCUGAUGAUGUUCUGGGACAUGCUACCAUUGCCAAGGCUUUGAAGCCGUACAACAUAGCCGUGGCCACAGGGGAGCACUGCCAGAACCGUGUUGUGUUCAAACAGUUGUUCCAGGCAGAUUCCAUUGCCUACUGCCAGAUAGAUGGGUGUAGACUGGGGGGUGUCAAUGAAGUCCUCGCUGUGUUACUUAUGGCAGCAAAAUUAAAUGUCCCUGUUUGUCCUCAUGCUGGAGGGGUUGGUCUCUGUCAAGUGAAUCAGCAUUUCUCAUACUUUGACUACAUCUGUGUUUCAAGGACUUUAGAAAACAGAUUUCUAGAAUAUGCAGAGCAUCUUCAUGAGAAUUACAAGUUCCCAGUUGAAGUGAAGGGAGGCCACUAUGUUUUGCCACAGAUUCCAGGAUUUCAGACAGAGAUGAGAGAGGCCUCCCUGGACACCCAUGAGUAUCCCAUUGGUCCUGUCUGGCAGAAACUGUUUGCUGAGGGCACAUUUAAGCCACCAAAGAAACACUAAAAUGCUGCCUCCUCUAGUUUUUUGGUUACAAGUACCAGUUCGACCUGUGCCUAUAUUUGUUUUAGUACAUGUACAUUUAAAGGAAGGUAUCUGAAUUGUUUACAUUUGCCAGAAUGUGGGUAAAUACCUGUGUAGGCAUUGUAAAUUUUCACUAUUUUAAACUGAUUUUUUUUAUUUUUGAAGGAAGCGUUUAAUAUUGAAGAUAAUUAAGUGCCAUACAUUUGUGAAAUGAUUACAUUAAUGGCUAAGGAUGGAUGCCUUAUUACUUAUUUAAAAUGUGGAAUUAUAUCAUUUAGAUAUACAUACUGUACUUCCAUCUUUAAAACAAAUCUUAGAAACUUAAGAAAGGGAGGUUUUAAAGAGAGAGAUAUGCAAUUGAAACUGAAAACUCAAUAGAGGCAAGAAUGUUAAAUGUGGAAUAUAUUUUUAUACACUUUAAGAGUGUGGUAAAUUUUAUAUAUUUUCAUGAUGAAUGUAAUAAAUAUAAAGAAGUUUUUGUCCUAUAAUGGUACCACCAGCUAAUGUUUGGUCAGAUUCCUUGGGCAUCUACAUCUACAUCCAUGUCCACAUUAAUUCACCUGAUCUGUGGCAAAUUUUUUAACUCUGUGUAUUUUUAUGCUUCAGCAUUGGUGGCUGUUUUAUGCAUUUAUUUUUAAAUAAUUAAUAUUUGAUUAAUAUUAAAACAUUAAUUUGUGUCUUAGCCACUGUAAGACAUGAAGAGUGGCAUUUUAAUCAAAUAUCUAGUCUUAUGUUACAUACAUGUACCUAUAUACUGUACCAGUAUAAGCCCUCCAAAUCAUGUUCAAAUCACCCUUCUGAUACAUCUAUUUCUACAACAUGAUAAAUACAGUGCAAUUGUUCAUCUUUCAAGCACGUGCCAAACUGGUGGUAUAUACUCAUGAGGCUCCCAUCGGCACAUUAACAUCGAGUCAGUAUUCAUAAGCUAUUGAUUUACAUAUAUACCUGGGUAAAUUAAAAAAUUUUAACAGUAUAUCAGAAUAAAGUGAAGCACUAUGUUCUAUUGACCUGACAGAAAAGUUCAAGUACAAGUACCUGUAUAUCGAAUGUGAACGGAUCAUGUUCUUGUUGCAGUUAAUAGAAAAUGAACCAAACUACUUGUCUGUUCAGAACAGAAAUUAGAUUGGAAAGUCAAAAUGACUAUCAGUAUGUACACAGUGGCGGAUUUGGGGGGGGUGGG